AUGCUCGUACUGCGACAUUGUGGUUUCCUCAGUCUGUUACGGUAUCUGUUUGUAAUGGGCCUGAAAGUUGUCUGUUAUGGAGCUCUAUCGUGCUAUAGUAUAGCCGAUGCGUUAUGUGAUAAAAGGGUUUGUGUGGAUGAAGUGCUGUUCGUUUUAGGUUCAUCCAGAAUGGCAACAGUACCACUUCUACUGAACGAAGACAUUGAGCUGGGCUCACCGCCUCACUACGAUGAAGCUGUGAAUGGCAAAAGAAAGAAUGAAACUCAUGCACCGGACAAAGCAGCCAUCCGUCCCGGUUUCUUUCAUGGCGAUUUCGGAGAAGCAGCAGCGGGCAUGGGAGCUGUGGCAUUCGCAAAUCUCGCCAUAAGAUUAGGAUUUUUGCGGAAAGUUCUUGGCAUCUUAUCUUUCCAGUUGGCCAUGACAGCGAUAUUUUGUAUAGCUCUGUAUGUAACACCGGAAGUGCAUCUCUUUUUGCUGAAGCAGUAA